CCAAUUUAAAAAAGGAGUUUAUCUUUGUGGCAAUAAUUUUUGACUCUAAACACAGCGAGGAGCUCUUGGGCUGCUGCUGACUUUUUAAAAGGCUAUAGUUAUUUUGAGUCUAUAUUCACACAUAUUCUUAUUUAGAAUGCAUAAUCAUUUAUUUUCCAUUAUUUCUUUCCUCUGAACAGAUCUGAAAAGAAGAUCUAGUUAUAUCUGCAAAAGUUAUAUUCUCUUUUUUAUUUUUCUAUUUUUAUCAAUAUUGAUGAUGGUCCAUCUGAACAGAUAACACAAAGACCAUAUUUCUGUUUAUAUGUACACUCCGACUUUGUGUGUGUGUGUGUAUACAGCCUUAUCAGGUUCUUGACAAAGGAACCACAAAUAGAUUUAAUCUUUUUAAUGCUUCUCCCUUGCUCUGUCCUUGUAUUAUAACUUUUAAAAUGUUUAAUUAUUUUUAUAUAUUUCUUCCACAUACAGGUCUUUAUAGCUGGGUCUCCACUGCGAGUCUAUUUUAAACUACCUAUAGGUGGUAUUUUAAAAUUGUUGCCUCGUAUCGGAGCAUUCCUCUAUCAGUUUUGGGGGGCUACACUUGAAUAUUCUACAUGACCAAAUAAGUAUCAGACCCAUGUCCUUCUUCAGGAAAAGUGUUUUAUGUUCUUCUUCACAUCUGAUAUUUAUCUCAGGUGCAUUCCAAAAGCAAUGAACCAAGUCUUUUGAAAAGAGAUAGAAGAAUCAUUUUUUAAAGUAAUAAUGUCAGGGAAACAGAAUUGCUUUUUGAUUUAGGAUAUGUAAAUAUUCACUCUUAUUAAAAGAUUGACUUUAAAACAUAUCCAACUCUGCCAAACAAUAGAAGAAUCCACUUUUUUCUUCUUUCUUUCCUUUUUUUUUUUUUUUUUUGAUUGAAGAAACCACAUAGAGCAGGUAUAUCAUCAUUGGAAAAGUAGGUACUUUCCAUAUCAUUGUCAAAAAGCAAAAAUUGCUUCUUGAUUUAGGAUCCCAUAAACUCAUAUGAAGGUGUGAGAGGCCGGAAGAAAUCAAUAACAUCCAUUGUUCCUUGGAUGGUGGGCUACGCAUAUUUUAACCUCUGAACAUUUCUAAAAUAAAAACAUUUCUCUCAACGCCGGCAAAUUUGGGAAAAAAUUAAAUUCCUUUUAUAGAUGAAUCUUGGAAGAAGGUGAUGUAUCUUAUAAUGGGUCUGCUAAGGUUUGUUUAAUAUUCAGCAGCCCUGAGAAGUUUUCUAUAUCUUCUGCUCUAAGUUAGUAACUUGGAGAAAAAUGAAGAGCAGGUUUGACAACGUUGUCAUGAUUGUGAUUGAGAUGAAGCUAGAAUCAUGUGCAAUUUAAUUCCUCCCAGGUCCUGACUCAAAACCUAUGUCUGAUUUCAUGACCUCUGCUACAUCCUUCUAUCAUGAGAUGACUUGGGAAUCUUAGUCUGUUGAAGGAAUCAGCCUGACCGUUUGGUUCAUCAGAAGGAGCAGCAGUGAAGAACUCAAGUUCUGGAGCCAGAUACAUACAUCUGGAUUUGCAUGCUGGCCAUCCAAGCCACUUACUAGCUGGUUGAUCUGGGACUAGCUUCAUUUUUCCCAUGUGUAAAGUUGGGAAAUAAUACUAGUCAUACAGAGUAUGGUUGUUUGGAGGAUUAAUUGAAAUUAAUGUAUCUAAAAAUCUUAGCACAGUGCCUGACAUUCAGUAAAACUAUUCAGUGAGUUUCUCCUAAUAUGGUAUCAUUAAAAUGAUUAUGAAUAAAGAAAUUUUGUAGGUGGUAUAUGGAAAGUAGUCAUCUCCUGAGGACAUACAUUGACCCCCUAUAGUAUUUGGCUAGUCUCUGUUAUAAAUGCAUGAUAUGCAAUUAAAAUUACUAACAAUAACAACAAGAACAGCUACCACUUUAUAUAGUUUCAGACACUUUCCUAAGUAUUUUAAAUAGCCUAACACAUUUAAUUCUUAUAAAAAACUUUAAGAGAUAUGUGGUACCAUUCCCUGGUUUACAGAUAAGUAAAAUGAGAUCAAGAGACAUAAUCGCUCAGUGGAAAACAGCCACUAGAUAGUAGAUCCAGAAUUCAAAACCAGCAGUCUUUUGCCAGAAUCAAUGUGUUUUACCACCACACUCUCCAUUCCCAAACUGAGCACCAAGGCAUCCUAGGAUGCCCAAGUGAACUCAGGAAGGCAUCAUAGAAUAUAUUAAAUGUUCCAGAGAAGCACAGCGAUCCUCAACAUCUGUUAGCCACUGCAUGCACUACGUAGUGUAAGGUAGUUUCAUUUCAACAUUAUAUCUCAUUGCAUCCCUUCCACUACCACAGCUUUGUUAAAACCAGGCUUCCAGUGGAUGCUGUGAUAAAAAAGCAAAUACCGUGUGAAAUCAAUGCAGAGCAGGAAACGAGGCUGGACGAUCUUAUUCUCAGAUUUGAGAAGUUGUGCAGUGCCCAACAGAAGCAUGCUUGCCAUAAGUAGAAGCCCCCAGCUGAGUAGAUGCUGCCUGCCCACAUUGAGGGCAGCCCUUCCCCACAUAGGCUGCUCAGACUCACAUGCUAACCUCUUCUGGAAACACCUUCGCGGACAUAUCCAAAAGUAAUGCUUCACCAGUUCGCCAAGUAACGUUUAAUCCAGUCAGGUCGACAGCUAAAAUGAACCAUUACAGGCACAAAGAUUCUUGAGAUACUGCCUGGAAGACAGACCUUUUUUUUUUCCUGUUGAUUGUAUGGGAGAAAUUUUUGACCUUAGGAAGUGGAGAUGAGGUUGCUAUGGAAACUGAUAAUUCUGCUGCCACUCAUAAACUCUUGUGCAGGUGAUGGACUUUUCAGCCGCCCUAUUUUUACUCAGGAGCCAGAAGAUGUCAUUUUUCCUUUGGGUUUAUCAAAAUCUGAAAUCAUCUUGAAUUGUGCUGCUAGUGGUUACCCUUCACCCCAUUAUAGGUGGAAGCAAAAUGGCACAGAUAUUGAUUUUACCAUGAGUUAUCACUACAGGUUGGAUGGAGGCAGUUUGGCAAUCAGUAGCCCCCACACAGAUCAAGAUUUUGGUACCUACCAAUGCCUGGCCACCAAUCUUCUGGGGACAAUUCUAAGUCGGAAGGCGAAGCUCCAGUUUGCAUAUAUUGACGACUUUGAAACCAAAACAAGAAGCACGGUGUCUGUUCGAGAAGGUCAAGGUGUGGUGCUUCUCUGUGGCCCCCCGCCACACUUUGGAGAUUUAUCUUAUGCAUGGAUCUUCAAUGAUAACCCUUUGUAUAUCCAAGAGGACAAGAGGAGGUUUGUCUCUCAAGAGACUGGAAACUUGUACAUUGCCAAAGUAGAACCGUCAGAUGUGGGCAACUACACUUGCUUCAUCACAAACACGGAGGCCCAGAGAAGUGUUCGAGGACCACUCACUCCACUAGUGCAGCGCACUGAUGGUGUGAUGGGGGAAUAUGAACCAAAGAUUGAAGUGCGUUUUCCUGAAACUAUACAAGCCGCAAAGGAUUCAUCUGUAAAACUGGAAUGCUUUGCCCUUGGAAAUCCAGUCCCUGAUAUUAGUUGGAGAAGGUUGGAUGGAAGCCCAUUGCCAGGGAAGGUCAAGUACAGCAAAUCCCAAGCUAUCCUUGAAAUCCCGAACUUUCAACAAGAAGACGAAGGCUUUUAUGAGUGCAUUGCAGGCAACCUUCGAGGAAGAAACCUUGCAAAAGGUCAACUCAUUUUUUAUGCUCCCCCAGAAUGGGAACAAAAAAUCCACAAUACAUACCUCUCUAUCUAUGACAGCUUGUUGUGGGAAUGCAAAGCUAGUGGAAAGCCAACCCCUUGGUACACAUGGUUAAAAAAUGGUGAACGCCUCCACCCAGAGGAGAGAAUUCAGAUAGAAAAUGGGACACUUAUCAUAACAAUGCUGAAUGUGUCAGAUUCUGGUGUCUACCAAUGUGCUGCAGAAAACAAAUAUCAGAUAAUAUAUGCAAAUGCUGAAUUGAGAGUUUUAGCCUCAGCUCCUGAUUUCUCCAAAAAUCCCAUUAAAAAAAAUUCAGUUGUUCAGGUUGGUGGGAAUAUUGUCAUCGAAUGCAAACCAAAUGCUUUUCCCAGGGCAGCUAUCUCCUGGAAAAGAGGGACGGAGAGCCUCAGACAAAGCAAAAGAGUGUUUCUCUUGGAGGAUGGUAGCCUCAAGAUAUAUAACGUUACCAGGUCAGAUGCUGGAUCAUAUACAUGCAUAGCCACAAAUCAGUUUGGCAUUGCAAAGAACACCGGCAGCCUCGUAGUAAAAGAAAGGACUGUCAUUACUGUCCCACCUUCCAAAAUGGAUGUGACAGUUGGUGAGAGUAUAGUUCUACCGUGCCAGGUGUCCCAUGAUCCAGCCAUCGAAGUUGUAUUUGUGUGGUCUUUCAAUGGAGAUGUCAUAGACUUAAAAAAAGGAGUGGCCCAUUUUGAAAGGAUUGGAGGAGAAGCUGUUGGGGAUUUGAUGAUAAGGAAUAUUCAGCUAAAUCAUUCAGGAAAAUACCUAUGCACAGUACAAACAACUUUAGAAAGUUUAUCUGCUGUGGCUGAUAUCAUUGUUAGAGGUCCCCCAGGUCCUCCGGAGGCUGUGAAGGUCGAGCACGUUUCCAGUACUACUUCUCGUCUAAGCUGGAGGCCAGGCCCAGAUAAUAACAGCCCCAUUCAGAUAUUCACUAUUCAGACUCGGACACCGUUCUCCGUGGGUUGGCAGGCUGUUGCUACAGUUCCAGAAAUUCUCAAUGGUAAGACAUACAAUGCAACGGUGGUUGGCUUGAGUCCCUGGGUGGAGUAUGAAUUCCGUGUGGUUGCCGGGAACAGCAUUGGGAUCGGAGAACCGAGUAAACCAUCAGAAUUGUUAAGAACUAAACCAUCAGUCCCUGUUGUGGCACCAGUAAACAUCAAAGGAGGUGGAGGAAGCCGGUCUGAACUCGUCAUUACGUGGGAGUCAAUUCCAGAAGAGCUACAGAAUGGAGAGGGAUUUGGAUAUAUCAUCAUGUUCCGGCCAGUAGGCUCGACAACCUGGACCAAGGAAAGAGUAGCAUCUGUAGAAUCGUCAAGGUUUAUUUACAGAAAUGAGAGCAUCAUCCCACUUUCUCCCUUUGAAGUCAAAGUGGGUGUGUAUAAUAAUGAAGGUGAAGGAUCCCUGAGUACUGUGUCCAUUGUCUACUCCGGAGAAGAUGAACCUCAGUUGGCCCCGAGGGGAAUUUCUGUCCAGAGUUUUUCUGCUUCUGAAAUGGAGGUUUCAUGGAAUGCAAUUGCCUGGAAUAGAAACACUGGAAGAGUGCUGGGCUAUGAGGUAUUAUACUGGACAGAUGAUUCCAAAGAAUCCAUGAUUGGUAAAAUUCGAGUCAGUGGGAAUGUCACAACCAAGAACAUCACAGGGCUGAAAGCUAAUACCAUCUACUUCACUUCUGUGAGAGCUUACAACACUGCUGGGACAGGGCCCUCGAGCCCCCCAGUCAAUGUCACCACCAAAAAAUCCCCUCCAAGCCAACCACCAGCAAACAUUGCCUGGAAGCUGACAAAUUCAAAAUUAUGCUUGAACUGGGAGCAUGUAAAAACCAUGGAAAAUGAGUCUGAAGUGCUGGGCUACAAGAUUCUGUACCGGCAAAACAGACAUAGUAAAACUCAUAUUUUGGAAACAAACAACACAUCCGCUGAGCUUCUGGUUCCAUUUGAAGAAGACUACUUGAUUGAGAUAAGGACCGUCAGUGAUGGCGGGGAUGGAAGCAGCAGUGAGGAAAUUAGGAUUCCAAAAAUGUCAAGUUUGAGUUCCAGAGGAAUUCAAGUCUUAGAACCUAGCACCUAUUUCCUGUCAAUUGUCGUUAUGAUUUUUUACGGUUUUGCUAUUCAGCCACUUAUACGAUGAAUAAAAACCACAAAUCUUUGAGAGUUUUUUGAAAGCAAAUCAUUCUGUAAACAUGUUCUCCAGCUUUCACCACAAGAGACGUUCUUAAUACAGACUUGUUUGGAAAGAAAAAAAAUGUAUAUUAUUAAGAUCUUGUAAAUAU